AAGUUGUCGGGCCACCGUGGCGGACAGGGUGAUCCGCGUUCGCGCAAAACACGUCGCCGCGAUCCCGUCGUGCUACGUAACGUUAUCGUUUUGUGGAGCAGAAAGACGGCACACGCGCACCACGUUGUGUCGUGAGUCAUUGUUGUGUUGACAAUCGAAGCAGGCGGGAGGCAGGAAAGAGAGCAGACAGGCGAGCAGGCAGGCAAGCAGGUUGCCGCUUCUCAGCACAGACCGGUUGUAGUGCACGCCAAAGACGUGCGUUAAACAUCGCUGUCUUCUGCACCGAUUUUAGUCGACUUUGAUCGACUUCGUUUGUAUCAAGUGUCACCCGUGCCGGGGUGAUUGGUGGGCGAUAUAUACGCCGAGUGACGUGACGGAGGUGCGGCGUGGAGUAAGGAAAGACGGCAGUCGUACCGCGAGUGAAUUUUUGCGUACAGCCGCUCGCGGCUGUUAUGUAAUCGCUGCAGCGCGGAGCGAAGUGUUUGCGCGUUGACGUAGGCAAAGAAGGAGAGAGAAAGAUAGAAAGAGAAAGAGAGAAAGAGAGAACGUGAAAGACGACGGAGAACGUCGCAGAACUUGUUGACGUGUUAAAACUUCAGGAAAGUCCGUCGUUCUAUUUAACUCUUUCGGACCGGCUUAAGCGAGUCGUGUGCUACUACUCCGGGGGGAACGACCGCUUUCCCGUCCGGAGGCGAGAAAUUAGAAGGAGUCGAGGGUAAAACCUCGGUAUUCCCUAAUCGAGGAGAAGUGAAUUAGUCCGGCGGCAUCGAUGGUGCGCAGCUUAACGAUGGAGCAGACGUUCUACGAGGACGCGAGCGUCUAUGGCGCGAUGAAUGGUCGCGAGAACAGCGUGGUCCAGCUGAAGCGGAAUCUCACGCUCGACCUGAACGGUUGCCAGAGGCAGGGCUCGCAGGCGAAGAGGCCACGCUUAGGCCCGCUGCCACCCGCCCUGAACAACGUCACUCCGAUUCUAAGCUCGCCGGAUCUCAACAUGUUGAAGCUGGCUUCGCCCGAGCUGGAGAAACUGAUCAUGACGCAACCGGACGGUCUGGUAACCAGUCUACCCACACCGACCACCCAGAUCCUCUUCCCCAAAGCGGUCACCGAGGCCCAGGAGUUGUACGCGCGCGGCUUCGUCGAGGCGCUCAACGAGCUUCAUCACUCCGACAGCUCGCAGGAACCCGGCAGCAUGCACGGCGCGACGUACACGACUCUGGAGCCGCCCGGUAGCGUACAGAGUACAGAGUCCACUAUGAGCAAUCCCGGCCUGGUGCACGUUAAGGAUGAGCCGCAGACGGUGCCGAGCGUGUCGAGCACGCCACCGAUGUCGCCGAUCGACAUGGAGAACCAGGAGAAGAUCAAGCUGGAGAGGAAGCGGCAGAGGAACCGCGUGGCCGCCUCCAAGUGCCGACGGCGCAAGCUCGAGCGCAUCUCCAGGCUCGAGGACAAGGUCAAGCUGCUCAAGGGCGAGAACACCGAGCUGAGCGGCAUCGUGCACAAGCUCAAGGAGCACGUGUGCCGGCUUAAGGAGCAGGUCAUGGACCACGUGCACGCUGGCUGUCAGAUCAUGACCGUCAACAACCAGUUUUGAACCUCCCCAUCGCUCUCCCUCCCCAAUCGAGGAGGGAUGACGAACGAGCCAACCCUCGCCUCGCUCUCGGCCACCCCUCGAGGAUUCGCUGUCACCGUGCUCAUCAUCUUCUUGCCCCAUCGCGAAGGUAGUUUUUUUCGCGAAUAGAACGAACAGUGAACUUUCUUGCAACUACGGCCGAUGUGUUGGAUCUCCUUUUCUACGAUUGCGAUCGAAAGGGAAAUUCUCAGCUGGCACCAUACGCUUAUCGUUCGGAAACGUCUCUCUUCUUAUCUCAACCACACGAAUUCUUUGUUUCUUUUACGAUACCAAGGAGAAAAAAGAUAAAGUUCAAUUAUGUCUAUAUCGAUAUCGCCAAGGAGUUGAGGAGAGACAGAAGAGGCGGUAUCUUCGACGAGCGCAGGAUAAUCCUAUCGUCAUCCUGAAGAAGGAUCUUCGAGGGAGAAAGAAGAGAGGGAGAAAAGUGGGAGCGAGUCCAUCGUUCGCUUCACGUUCGCUGUUUUCUCUCUUGGUUCUUUUGUGACAUGAUCGGGGAGGAGACGAUCACACAACGACGGCAAGAACAGUAAGCAGCAGGCGGAGCAGGAGGAGGAGGUGGUGACGGUCGUGGUGGAGAAGGAGGAAGGAGUGCCUUCGUACACAACGUGAAACGUAAAGGAUGCUUUUAGGAGAGUGGCGGGCGUGCGCGCGUGCGUGUUGCGCGCAUGCGAAAGACUUUACACGCACGAGCACGCUCGGCGACAGGCGAAUGCGUGUAUCAUAUGCGAGAGAGAAAGAGAGAAUAUAUGUAACAGGGAGAAAAUGUAUGCAUGCAGAGAGAGAGAGAGAGAGAUCGCGCGAGGUAGCACGAGGGGGAGUAUCGCGGCGGCCAUUUUGGAGAACGCGAGAGAACCGGCGGGAGAUUCAAAGCUACCGAGAGCUGUCCAAAGUAAACACCAACUAACAGUAGCAUAAUUGUUAUAAUUUCACCCUCAGUAACGUAACUGUUAUAUACAACAUGUGUUGUAUAUCACAUCUAUCAAUGAAAUCUAGAGAUUAUGUUUAUUUUUUAUUGAAUGCACUUUCGCGAGAGAGACUCGAGCAUUCCGCUAGUCUUGUAAACUUCUACCUUGGUGCAUACAAAAUGUCGCAUUAUAAUGUUACAUUAUCUUCAAUGUGAAAUUGUAAUAUUGACGUUACUAUUGGUGUUUACUGAAUGAAGCUCUUUUCUUU